GGUUCAGGAGAUCAUUAAGUCUUUGCUCUUUACUAAAACAAGUAAACGAGUACUUCACCUUGACGUGAGCAGCGCUCCGCAUGUAGAUAAUCCACUGGUUCAUCCUCUAGUUUAGCCCAUCCUCUUCGGUAGUGGCUUUGGGAUUAUUGGCGCGAAAGACGAGAAGUGUGAGAACAUUCCUCGGAUGGAACUCCGAAGAUUUUCUCUAGAGGAUUUAGAGGCUUUUUUUUUGUACGAUGGAGACAGAUGUGGUGAGCAACUACUGGAACGUGUAUCACCCGGGAGGUGUUCGGGGUCCUGAGGCUGAGCCUUACCUGGAGCAGAAAAUCGCAGCAUUAAUUCAAGAGCUUCCAGUGCUAGGAGAAUUGUUUGAUAUUCAUUGGAAGAUCGGUGAGGGGACAUUCAGCUCCGUCUACCUCGCGACGUUGAAAGAGUCCAGGUCUUCUGGGGAAUCAAAAAAAUUUGCCGUAAAACAUUUGAUACCGACUUAUCCACCUGCUAGAGUUGAAAGAGAGCUGCAAUGUCUACGUAACAUUGGAGGAGCUGAUAAUGUCGUAGGGAUUGAAUUCUGCGUACGAAGUGGAGCAUCUGUUGCCUUUGUCAUGCCUUACAUAAGACAUACGAAAUUUUCGGAUUAUUUUUGCAACAUGGGCACAGUCGAGUUGAAACACUACAUGAAAGCCCUUCUGACAGCCCUGCGAAAAGUUCACAUGUUCAAUAUACUCCACAGAGAUGUUAAACCCAGUAAUUUCUUGUACGACAGAAGAAACCGAAGGUAUCUUCUCGUGGAUUUUGGCUUGGCCCAAGAGUACAAAGAGGAGAAAAAAGUGGAGAUGAACAAACCCCAGCCCAUGGACAAUUAUUGCGUCAAGAGAAAGCGAACAGAUGAGAAUAAACGUGAGCUACUGGAGGAAACGCAGAAAUCUGAAACCGAGAGUAGAUGCUAUUGUUUUGGAAAACCGAGGGUCUGUUCCCUGUGUUUAACUCGACCAUCACAAAUUGCAUCUCGAGCUGGUACACCGGGAUACAGAGCUCCUGAAGUUUUAUUCAAAUGUCCUCAUCAAACUCCAGCAAUCGAUAUUUGGGCGGCUGGAGUGAUAAUGCUUUGUAUUCUCAGUGCAUCCCAGCCCUUUUUUCGUUCUCCAGAUGACUGCACAGCUCUAGCUGAAAUCACAGCUCUUUUCGGUACCGAUAAAAUGAUCGCAUGUGCACGUAAACUAGGAAAGAAAUUACUAUGCAGUGAGCAAGUUCCAGGUGCUGACAUAGUAUCUCUCUGCCAAAAACUACGAGCUCGUGUGGACCGUUUUCCAAACCGAAAGUAUAGAAUCAAUUCUCCUAAGACCGUUCUAGAGGAGAAUUAUCCUCCCGAAGCGUUCGACCUGCUUCUGAAACUCCUGGAGGUCGACUACAAAACUCGAAUCACCGCCGAUGAUGCCUUACAACAUCCAUUUCUCAGGGGAUUAUAAACUCAGAGCCUUUACAGCUCAUUUAUAAAAUGAUAUUUAUGGGACAAUGAACCGCUCAGUACGAUAUAUUUUUUAUGCAAAAAUUCUUGUACAAAGUUAUAAUAUUUUAUAUACAAAUAAAUUCUUCAAGUACAAUAACAAUAAAUAAAUUUAUUGAGUUUCAUAAUA